AUAGACAAACAUCGUUUGUCCCUCUUGUCCUGGCCAAUCUCCCUUAGUGGCUCACGGCCAUCAUCUCAUUGGAAGAAGAAGAAGAACGAAUAAGGAGAAGGACGACGAAAGGGGGGAGCUAACGGCCAUUGCUCUGAGGUAGAAGAAGAAGAAAGGCAGGGGCAUUCUAUCCUAUCACAGGUUCGGGCCUCUACGAACUUGUUUCUGAACGAAUACGUGGUCUCUGUUUCUCUUCUCUGUUUCUCUGCUUCUCUGUGUUGCCUUCCAAGAACCAAACAGUUCUCGUCACGUACAGGUGCCGCCAUGACGCGGGGAGUUCUGGCUGUAAUGACCGUUUUGCUUCGCGUAUCCUUCGUUCGAGCGCUGUGCAGUGGACGUUCAAUCAAGAACUUGGAUGCUGUUUCCGAGGCAGUACCCAGCAAGGACAAUAACGAAGACUUCGAUCUUGCCUGCAAAGCGGGCUUCACUCUAGUAGGAAUCAAGGGCACGAAACUCCACUGUUCAGCAACGGGCGAUUGGGACCCGCCGAUAAGCCAGAUUUCCUGCCGAGGCUGCAAACCAUCCGCUCCGGUUCCCUACGCGCCUGCGAUUGGGAACGACCUCCCCCCUGGAACACAACCCGACAGAGUGCUGACAUCGCAAGACGACGUUCCUAUCGGAGAGACGCUAACCAUCAGGUGCACCAACAAGUCCAAGAAAGAAAGGUACAAGACGCUCAAGUGCGUCGCACCAAUUUCCGGACUGAAGAGACCCACUUGGAAAGUCUGGGACGCAUCAGUUGAAAGGGCCAUACCGUCUACUAUUUGCCUUGCGCCGUGCAAUAAUCACACAGUGGCCAAUAUCGUGAAACCUUCUGUUGGCGUAAUCUCGAGACCAGUUACUAGCAACGCGUCCGUCACUCUGGCGUGCAAGGCAGGAUACAAGCUCACUGGAAUAAACGUCACCAAAAUCCGCUGCUUAGCACCCAAUCCUUCCAAACCAAACAACAUGUAUUGGCAAGACGACAUCCAGAAGAUCUAUUGUAAAGCAAUUUGCGUGAAUUCCGUCCCAAGAGGUCUGGUUGAACACAUGGACAUUGCGAGCGUUCGCUUUCAAGACAGAGCCGAUGGUGACAUCAUUGACAUCGUUUGCCUGCCUGGGUUUAAGGCGUUCGGCAAGAUCAAGUGCGAAGCUCUUGGUUCCAGCAGCGAAGGGUACUGGAAGACUGUAUUUACUGAUCAGCCUUUGUGCAAACCAACGUGCCCGCCGCCGGAUCCAGAUGCCUUAGGUGUCCCCGGUUUGGAUGCUGGAAGCAACAAUUAUACGAAUAGCACAGAAGGCGAUGAGGCAACGGUUUCUUGCCUUCCCGGUUUCGAAGCAUUGGGAAAGCUGGUGUGUACUGGACGUGAGUUUCCUUCAUGGCGCACAGCACAGUCUUCGUACGAGCCCAGGUGUCUAGGGUGUAGAAAUGUUACCGGAAACAGUACGGGCGACCUCCCCCCAGGAAUUACGUUGAAGGUUCCUCAAAAUGGUGACGUGCCGGUUGGAUAUGCCGGAGAGAUUAAAUGCAUUGCGGAGGACGAGAAGCCUCUGUACUCUACCCUGAAGUGCGCAGGUGGCCGUGUCUGGAAAGCUUUGGACGGAUCGCUGAAGGACAUCCCGCAGGAAAUGUGUCAAAAGUUGUGCCCCUCGUCACUACCAGAGGCAUUGUCCGUUCCCGGCGUGAACACCGCUCACCACAGCUUCCGGGACAAGGUCGUCGGACAUGUAGCUGUUGACUUCUGUGCUGCUGGGUUUCAAGCGUCGGGCAAAUACAUGUGCGUGCUCAGUGACGGGCGGACGGCACGGUGGACCAAAGGAACGUUUUUCGACGAACCUGCAUGCAAAGGUUGCGAGACCAGACCCAGUAGUGCUCUUGCGAAUCACAACGAAUCAUCGCCGAGCAACCGGCUUCCGCGAGGAACCUCUCCAAAGACCAGUCCAACCGUGAGCGCUCUGGGAGUGGGAAGCACACUGGAGAUUACGUGCGACGACGACGCGGAGAAGAUUCAAUACAGUAGGCUCCAAUGCGACACAGGACUAAUAUGGAAGGCACUGGACACGUCCGGAAAAUUGAAGAUGAUUCCCUUCAAUAUGUGUCUCCGGAAGUGUCCUGUCUCUGUACCACUGAUUGCAAAUAUGGACAUAACAGCGGCACAGUUCCAAGAUAAAUUCGAAGGAGUCGCUGUUGUCGUUCGAUGCCUAGAAGGAUAUAAGUCAUCUGGGUACUUGGUGUGCGUGCGCGAUACGUCGUCGAGUGAAGCGACCGUUUGGAAACCCGGAGCGACGCCGCCAUCCUGCACAGCCAUUUGCGACCAACCCGGAACACCAGCCCAAUCGACAUUUGUGGGUCCUCCGAAGACUGAGUAUGUUGUCGGGGACGUACAGUACUACCGGUGCAAGAGCGGUGAACAAGUUUCCAUCGUAUGCCAACAGUUCGGACCCAUUGCCAGGCCAGAGUGGACAAAUGCAACGUGCUCAGGUUUUCGAGAUGACGGAGGGGAUUUACUUCAGCAGUCCGCCGGCACAAGACGAUCAACAACAAUGUCGGUACCUGCCGGAUUUUGCCCGGAGCUGGAGAUUGAGAACGGAAGUGUGAUGGUGAAGAACAAUACAUGCGCCGAAUACACCUGCGCCCCUAACUAUCACCUGCUUGGGCCCCGGGAACGGUGGUGCCAAGACGACGGCAAUUGGAGUGGAGAUGAGCCGAAAUGCGUCGAAGUGGGUGCCUAUUCCGCCGUGCGACGCGUCGGUUCUCCAACCCUGGGCCUCACCUGCCUUGCUGUGUGUACAGCUCUCUGCCAUCUACGAGAUAACACGUAGCUGCUGAAUUAUCAAUAUAUCACAUCCAAUGGCGAUCUCACCUUGAUACCCCUGCUACGUAUUACGUGCUCAUGUACAUCGUCAAUAUAUUCGUCGUUUGUACAGCACGGCACGUGCGAUCAAAUAAAAUGCUUGGACACCAAA